AUGUUACAACUAACAUUUUAUUUUAACAUUGUUAAAGUGUUGAUGGUAAAUAUACACUGAUUCAAUGUUAAAUAUAUUCCCAAUCCAGUUUGAUGCAAUUUAAUAAUAUACGAACCAAUGAACAUUGAAAUUUGUUUUUAAAUUUUUUUGUUUAAAUAAAAGUGUUAUCUAUCAGUAAAGGUAGUUUGGGUGUUAGCAUAUUUACUAAUGAGUUGUUAGUUUCAAGUGAUGUAAUUUUAUUAAUGAGAAAAAUUGCAAGAAAAAAACUCCGGCACUGCCUUAACUUUCAAGAUAACGGAACAGGACGUAUAGACUGGUGGCGCUCUGGUCAAUGGAACGCGUUGUCUGAGGACACGGCAGCCUCUGUCUGUCUGUCCUUCAAUUUUCCAUGGUCGCGUCCUAACUUUUUGGCUCUGGGGACACGGCAGGCAACCACUUCCACGGUCCAACGCAAUUGCAAUUGACUUCCAACAAGUCCAUAGUGAAGUCAAUCAAUAGAAAUUUUUCUGAUACUCUCUGUAUAAGAAAACAGGCGGUAAUGUAAUUGUAGACGACUGUACCACCUUCGAUUCAAUGGCUUCUGCUGCCUCUCUUCCUCUUCUCUUCCUCUUGCUUUCUCUUCCUAUUCUACCCAUUUUUGUAGCCGCUCAAACCAACGUGACCGUGGGUUUAUCCCUCUCCGCUGCUGACAACAGUUCUAGCUGGCGCUCACCCUCCGGCGAGUUUGCAUUCGGGUUUCGCCGUCUAGCUAACACCAACCUCUAUCUGCUUGCCAUUUGGUUCGAUAAAAUACCUGAGAAAACCAUAGUUUGGUAUGCUAACGGAGAUAAGCCUGCACCAGAAGGAUCAAAAGUCGAGCUUACCAGCGACCAACUUGUGCUCAAUGAUCCUCAAGGCCAAUUGAUAUGGAAGCAGCCUGACACUCCACCAAACGCUGCCAUCUCUUAUGGUGCCAUGCUCGACACUGGAAACUUCGUCCUCCUACCUGGUCCAAAUUCUGGCUAUGCAUGGGAGAGCUUCAACAGUCCCACUGACACCAUCUUGCCCAAACAAACAUUGCAGCUGGGUGGCCAGCUUUCCUCUCGACAGACGGGAACCAACUACUCCAGGGGAAAGUUCCAGCUCCGCUUUCUCGACGAUGGGGAUCUCGUGCUUAAUACCGUAGGCUUGCCGACCAGCUUUUCUUAUGGUGACUACUACGUUAGUGGCACGAAAGCUCAAGAUCCAACAGAUUCUGGUUAUCAGUUGGUGUUCGACGAAUCUGGAUACAUGUAUAUACAGCGAAGAAACGGACAGAAAUUUGAUUUCAACAAAACAACGAUACCCCAAAUCUCAAAUUACUAUCACAGGGCAACGCUUGAUUAUGAUGGGGUCUUCGUUCAAUAUUACCGCCGGAGGACCGGCGAUGCAAGCUGGCAACAAUUGUGGAUAAUUCCUGAUAACAUUUGUCUCGGAACUUUGGAUGAUUUGGGAAGUGGAGUCUGUGGAUAUAACAGCUACUGUACGCUAAAGGAUGGCCGGCCUAGUUGUAACUGCCCCAGCAGAUAUUCCCUCGUGGAUCCAAAUAACCAGUUAAGUGAUUGCAAACCAGACUUCUUACCAGAUUGUAUCGGGGAAGAUGGAUCAGGAAACAAAGAGGAGGAAUUUCAAUUCCAGGUGUUGGAUAGAAUUGAUUGGCCGACAUCUGAUUAUGGAAGAUUGGAGCCCAUGAAUCAAUCAGAAUGCCAAAAUUCUUGCUUGCACGAUUGCCAUUGUGCGGUUGCCAUCCACAGAGGCCAGACAUGUUGGAAGAAAAAGCUUCCACUCUCUAACGGGAGGUUCAAAGAGGAUGACACUGCAAAAGCACUUGUUAAAAUUAGAGUAACUGCUCCUCCUCCACCACCUUCUUCUCGCAAUAAUACUCAUUGUCCUAUAAUUCCAGACGCAAAAGGGAAAUAUGAGAAUAAGACAUUAAUCCUUACUGGGUCUCUGCUUUUGGGUAGCUCCGUAUUUGUCAAUUUUCUGUUUGGAGCUGCAAUAUGUCUUGUUCUUUUCACAAAUCGCAAGAAACUGAAAACAGUUGAACCAGAAAUCAGCGUCUUGGAAACAAACCUGCGUUCUUUUACUUACAAGGAGCUUGAAGAAGCUACCCAAGGAUUUAGUGAAGAGAUUGGUAGGGGUGCCUUCGGCAUUGUUUAUAAAGGGGUAUUGGGAACAAGUUCUAGAAGUCUGGUCGCAGUGAAGAAGUUAGACAAAGUGGUUCCAAAGGGGGAGGAAGAAUUCAAAACUGAAGUGAGAAUCAUCGGUCGGACCCAUCACAAGAACCUAGUGCAAUUACUUGGAUAUUGUAUGGAGGGACAGCAGCGGCUAUUGGUGUAUGAGUUCAUGAGCAAUGGCACUUUAGCAAGCUUUCUUUUUGGAAUUAUGAGGCCUGAUUGGAACCAACGAGUUCAGAUUGCUUUUGGUAUCGCAAGAGGACUCGUUUACUUGCAUGAAGAAUGCAGCACCCAGAUCAUCCAUUGUGACAUUAAGCCCCAAAACAUACUUCUGGAUGACCAUUUCACGGCCAGGAUUUCUGACUUCGGAUUGGCGAAGCUUUUGAUGACUAAUCAGAGUCGAACUCUUGCAUCCAUCAGAGGAACCAAAGGGUACGUCGCACCUGAGUGGUUCCGGAACAUGCCAAUCACCGUCAAGGUGGACGUAUAUAGUUUUGGGGUCAUGAUGCUGGAGAUCAUCUGUUGCAGGAAAAGCGUCGAACAGGAGACGGUGGCCGAUCAUAGAGUAAUUUUAACAGAUUGGGCUUACGAUUGCUAUCAACAGGGAAGGUUAGAUGAGCUGGUGGAGAACGAUAUGGAUGCAAUGAAUGAUAUAUGUCGUCUAGAGAGGUUAGUGAGGAUUGCAAUAUGGUGCAUUCAAGAGGAGCCAUCGCUGAAGCCCACGAUGAAGAACGUCAUUCAGAUGCUAGAAGGCAUUGUCGAAGUUCCUCUACCGCCAUGUCCCUAUCCUUAUAGCUCUGUUAAUUAGUUGAAAGCAGAAAUCGUGAUCGACCCCUGUUACUACGUUCCAGGCAACAUAUUCAUGGUUGACUCUGGGAUUACACUUACAGGAGUCCCCAUCUUCUCUUCCCUUUAAUUCUGAAAUCUAUUGUAUAUCUCCUAUGUAACCACAAUUAUGCACUUCUUUCAGUUAA